UCCACUUCCAUAUUCCUUUUUUCCAGCAUCCCAUUUGGUUCAGCUUAUUGUCUUUACCUGUAGAGAGCAAAUAUAAUCUUAGAAAUGUGUUAGCCAACUCUCCGGCCUCCCUCCACUUAUCCCUCCAAAACCAUUAUUCUAUGUUAAGUUCACCAUAAUCAUUCGUUGGACGAGAUGCAAUCAGCAGUGAUGUCGCGAAGAUUGUCGCUGUCUUGGUGCCUCUUUCUGCCGCCGUGCUUGCACUUUCCGCUUUAAUACAAAUCCAAUCCUGGAGGAGAAUGGAGUCGAGACUUGAAGAGUCGACGAAGCUCCAACUCCACCACCAGAAGAAACAUGGAAAACGGAUCCAAGAAAUGGUGUUUUCCGAAGAACCAGGAGCUGGAUCAAGAAUCGGCGGUCAACGUCUGGUAAGUUUUCUACAAGCUGUUCGACAGACCGCCUCUGCAGCGGUGGAUGCGAUGACCAAUGCCGUACAAUCAGCUGAGUAUAGUUCUUAUGCUCCAACCGUUGGAAUUCUUCCAGCUAGGCGGGCCGUUGCGGAUUAUCUUAAUCAAGAUCUUCCAUACAAGUUAUCACCAGAUGAUGUUUAUUUAAUAUUCGGAUGCUUACAAGCAAUCGAGAUAUCACUAGCAGCCCUUGUCCGUCCUGGUUUCAGAGACAGCAAGAAAGCUUGGUGUUCUAGUGAUUCAGAUGAGGUUUAUGCCCAUCUUUCAUUUGGAAGCUCACAAUAUGUACUAAUGGGAGUAUUUGGAUCAAUAGUACCUGUUCUACCUGUUCUGACCGUUGGUUCUAUGUUGAAAAGAUGGAUUGUUCCUGGUUGGCGACUUGGGUUUGUGAUUCAAGAUAAUUUUCUGAGUAUAUUUACACCGGAGCAUUCUAAUGUUUUCAAAGGCCAGCAGAACAUUCUGGAGUGUAAGGAUACUGCAAACCAACAUGGAGACUCUCAAAUGGGAGCAGUUCCCCAAAUCAUUGAGAAUUCAAAGGAGGACUUCUUUGUGAAGAUUAUAGGUGUGCUAAAGGAGGCUGCAGACAUGUGCUAUGACAGAAUUAAUGACCAAAGUCCUGGUUAUCUGCUUCCACUACAGGUAAAACUGAAUCUAUCAAUGUUAGAAGCCAUUAAGGAUGAUCUGGAGUUCUGCCUGAAGCUAGCUAGGGAGGAAUCUGUCAUUGUCUUACCAGGGCUCGUUGUUGGAAUGAAGAACUGGCUCCGUAUUACUUUUGCAAUCGAGCCUUCUUCCCUCGAUGAUGGCCUUGUCAGGAUAAAGCCUUUUGCAAAAGGUAUGCCAAGAAUCAAUAAGAUCAAAUCCGAAGUUUUGUGAACAAGCAGUGGUGAUCAACUACAGCUUGUUGGAUCUCAUGCUUGAAUCUAUCUGUAAAAUUAAUUAUUCGGUAACAAGAUCCCUGCUAGAAUAGCCGGGAAGGGGGUUGGGAGAGAUCAAAACUUUGUGUUGGAUCUCAAUUUCGCAUGGUUUUAUGUUCGAUAAAGUUCUAGUAUGUCG